UCCAGGUGGAGCCACUGACUGGCGUCUCCUCGGUCACGUGGUUCUCCUCUCUGAAUAAGGAGCGGUGGAGAAAGUAGAGUCUACAUUCAGCGGCUCGUUACCGGACUGAGCUGCAGCUGCUGCCGCUGCUGCUGUGAUUGUUUUUCUUCUUUAACAACAGAAAGAAAACGGGGUCUGGUCUCUGAACCGGACCGGGGGACCACUCACCGAAGAGAGUCUUCAUGGGGGGACAGAAAUAAUCUUUGUGGACGGUCUGAGGGGGAGAAUAUAUGUUGACUCCCUCCUGAUUUUGUAACAGCUGAGUUAAAUUGUUAUUUCUAAGAAGGCGCUUCACGGAGCUUGGACUUCAAGCAGUAACCAGGAUCUUCCUUCUGAAGGGGGACUGAUGGGGCACUGAACCGGAGGGGAAAAAUGAUGCAUCAUGGAGUCUGAUCACUUAAACUUUUAGCAACAAUUUUCACAUGUGACAGCAUGGGGACCAGCAGAGCCGAAGAGCUGACAGACUAAUGAAAACCACCUCCCUGUCCGUGUCUGGACCCGUGUGAAUGUUUGACUCUCCUGUUGGCGGACCGUACACGCACCUAAAGGACUCGGGGGACGGGACGACAGUGUGUGUUGUGAUGCUUCUUCUUCUUCUUCAUUUGUUUUCUGGUGUCAGUUUUGGUUUCUCCUCCAGAAAGAUCUGUACUCUCCCGGAAUGGCUCGCUUUGAAGACGAACUGUCCAGCCGCUAUGGAGGCAGCUGUCCCGCGGGCCCGGCCAGAGGGGCCAUCCGGCCGCCGGGGCCUCCGGGGGUCCAGGGGAUGUACAAGCAGACGCUGGCCCAGAGAGCCCGGACCAUGGCUAUUUACAACCCCAUCCCAGUCAAACAGAGCUGCCUCACCGUCAACCGCUCUCUGUUCAUCUUCAGUGAGGAUAACAUCAUACGGAAAUAUGCCAAAAAGAUCACCGAAUGGCCUCCAUUUGAGUACAUGAUCCUGGCCACCAUCAUAGCAAACUGCAUCGUGCUGGCUUUGGAGCAACACCUACCUGCCUCAGACAAAACCCCGAUGUCAGAGCGUCUGGAUGACACAGAGCCCUACUUUAUUGGAAUAUUUUGUUUUGAGGCUGGCAUCAAGAUCAUCGCUCUGGGCUUUGCCUUUCACAAAGGCUCCUACCUGCGUAAUGGCUGGAAUGUAAUGGACUUUGUGGUGGUCCUAACAGGGAUCCUGGCUACUGUGGGGGCAGAUUUCGAUCUACGAACACUGAGGGCGGUGAGAGUGUUGCGGCCGCUAAAACUGGUCUCUGGCAUUCCAAGUCUUCAGGUGGUGUUGAAGUCCAUCAUGAAAGCCAUGGUACCUCUGCUGCAGAUCGGCCUGCUGCUCUUCUUCGCUAUCCUCAUGUUCGCCAUCAUCGGCCUGGACUUCUACAUGGGGAAGUUCCACCGCACCUGCUUCAGGAACGACACAGGCGAGCAGGCAGCAGAUUUCCCCUGUGGUAUGGAGGCCCCGGCGAGGACCUGCGCUGUUGGCACCGUCUGUCGGGAGUUCUGGAUCGGACCCAGCUUCGGCAUCACAAACUUUGACAACAUACUGUUCGCUGUUCUCACAGUUUUCCAGUGCAUCACCAUGGAGGGAUGGGUGGACAUCCUCUACAACGCCAACGAUGCCUCAGGGAACACAUGGAACUGGCUCUACUUCAUCCCCCUCAUCAUCAUCGGGUCCUUCUUCAUGCUCAACCUGGUCCUGGGUGUGCUGUCAGGAGAGUUUGCCAAGGAGAGAGAGCGGGUGGAGAAGCGGCAGGAGUUCCUGAAGCUCCGCAGACAACAGCAGAUAGAGAGAGAACUUACAGGGUACCUGGAGUGGAUCUGCAAAGCAGAGGAGGUGAUGCUGGCUGAGGAAGACAAGAACGCAGAGGAGAAGUCUCUGGAUGGAGCGUGGUACAAAAGGAAACAACACAACUCUGUGCUGAAAAGGACGAAGAAGAGUAAGAACGACCUCAUCAACGCAGAGGAAGGAGAGGACCACUUCACUGACAUCUCGUCUGUUGCCCCCCCAGGGUCACCGUUCACCCGGACCAGCGUGAAGAGCAAGAACGACAACUCGUCUUACUUCAGGAGGAAAGAAAAGAGGCUCCGCUUCACCAUCCGCCGGCUGGUCAAGUCUCAGAGCUUCUACUGGACUGUCCUGUGUCUGGUGGGCCUGAACACGCUGUGUGUGGCCAUCGUUCACUACGACCAGCCCGAGUGGCUCACGUUUGCUCUGUACCUGGCGGAGUUUGUGUUCCUGGGCCUGUUCCUGGCAGAGAUGUCCAUGAAAAUGUACGGCCUCGGACCCCAGAACUACUUCCACUCCUCCUUCAACUGCUUUGACUUUGGGGUUAUCAUCGGCAGUAUCUUUGAGGUGGUCUGGGCCGCCAUCAAACCCGGAGCCUCUUUCGGGAUCAGCGUCCUGCGAGCUCUGAGGCUGCUCAGGAUCUUCAAAGUCACAAAGUACUGGAACUCUCUGAGGAACCUGGUGGUUUCUCUGCUGAACUCCAUGAAGUCUAUCAUCAGCCUGUUGUUCCUCCUCUUCCUCUUCAUCGUGGUCUUCGCUCUGCUGGGCAUGCAGCUGUUCGGUGGACAGUUUAAUUUUGAAGACGAAACGCCGACAACCAACUUUGACACAUUCCCAGCGGCGAUUCUCACCGUCUUCCAGAUCCUAACUGGGGAGGACUGGAACGCAGUCAUGUACCACGGGAUCGAGUCGCAGGGGGGCGUCCGUGGUGGGAUGUUCUCCUCCAUUUAUUUCAUCGUCCUCACUCUCUUUGGAAACUACACACUCCUCAACGUGUUCUUGGCCAUCGCUGUGGAUAACCUUGCAAAUGCCCAGGAGCUCACUAAGGAUGAAGAGGAGCAGGAGGAGGCCAUCAAUAAGAAGCUAGCACUCCAGAAAGCCAAGGAGGUAAAGGAGGUCAGCCCCAUGUCGGCCGCUAACAUUUCCAUCACAGCGAGUUAUGUCUGCACCCCCGUCCAUCACUACCUGAGUAAGGAGCAGCAGAAGUCCAUGAAGGCGAUGUCUGUGUGGGAGCAGAGGGCCAACCAGCUGAGGAGGCAGAACUGGGCAAGCUGUGAGGCCCUGUACAGCGAGCUGGAGCCCGCAGAUCGUAUCCGCCUGUCCUCCGUCCUCAACAUCCGGCCCGACAUGAAGACCCACCUGGAUCGGCCCCUGGUUGUCGAACCUUCUGACGUGCCUUUGCUGGGGGGACACCAGCAUCACCAUCACAAUCCUGAGGAAUCCGAGACCACGGCAGAUCCUCCUCCUCCAUCUGCGGGGCACCAACAGCCUCGCCGACACCACCGGCACAGAGACCGAGCCAGAAGGAGAGAGGAAGCUAACGAAAACGGUAACACCAACAAGGACGGAGGGCACCAUGUCCAUCACAGCCGCUCCAAAGACCACGAGUGCAGCCGCAGGAAAGAGGACAAGAGCGAGAGGUCCCACAGCCGAGAGGGAGGCAGGAAGCAUCACCAUCAGAGCUCAAUGGACGACAGCGGUGGAGGAGGAGAGAGGGAGCACCGGCAUCAUCACUCACACCGGCAGUCCAGAGGAGGCAACGGGACAGUGAACAGUGGAGGGAGGGGGGAGCGGAGAUCCCGACACAAAGAUGGACGUUCAUGUAACAGGGACGGGGAUAAGAACUCUCGAGGGGAGGAUGGAGAGAAGAGGAAACAUCGGACUCAUGGAUCCAGAGGACAGUCCACUGUUGAAGGAGAGGAGUCCAAUGAGAGGGAGAAGACCCACGGUCACAGGUUUGGGGACUCAGAGGGGGAGUCCCUCACCGUCUCCCCCCAGCAAGGCUCUGAUGGAAACAACUGGCCUCCAGAGGACUCAGACAACCAGAAGAAUGUGAAACGCACCGGCCACGCCCCUCCUGUGACCAUCACCUCCCCACCCGGAGAGACCACCCUCAUACAGAUGAACAGUAGGGACUGUGAGACGAUGCCCAUGACCGAGAGGAACCUGGAGGAUCUCGGCCCAAUUGGACCCAGACCCAUCCUGCCUUACAGCUCCAUGUUCGUCUUUGGACAGACCAACCCGGUGAGGCGGUUGUGUCACUACAUUGUGACCCUGCGGUACUUUGAGAUGACCAUCCUGGUCGUCAUCGCUAUGAGCAGCAUCGCUUUGGCAGCAGAGGACCCUGUGUGGACCAACGCCCCGCGCAACAAUGUGCUCAAAUAUCUGGAUUACGCCUUUACGGGUGUUUUCACGUUUGAAAUGGUGAUCAAGAUGGUGGACCUCGGCCUGCUGCUUCAUCCAGGAGCUUACUUCAGAGACCUGUGGAACAUCCUGGACUUCAUAGUGGUCAGUGGGGCGCUGGUGGCUUUUGCAUUUUCGGGGACCAAAGGCAAAGACAUCAGCACCAUCAAGUCUCUGAGGGUUCUCCGAGUCCUCCGGCCUCUCAAGACCAUCAAACGCCUGCCCAAACUCAAGGCCGUCUUCGACUGUGUGGUCAACUCUCUGAAGAACGUCCUCAACAUCCUCAUCGUCUACAUCCUCUUCAUGUUCAUCUUUGCUGUCAUCGCGGUUCAGCUCUUCAAGGGAAAAUUCUUCUACUGCACGGACGAGUCCAAGGGUCUCGAGAAGGACUGCAAAGGACAGUUCCUGGACUACGACAAAGACGAGGUGGCAGCAAUGCCCAGAGAGUGGAGGAAAUACGAGUUCCACUACGACAAUGUGCUGUGGGCCUUCCUGACGCUCUUCACCGUGUCCACUGGAGAGGGGUGGCCAACAGUCCUGAAGCACUCAGUGGACGCCACCUUCGAAGAUCAGGGUCCCAGUCCAGGCUACCGGAUAGAAAUGGCCAUCUUCUACGUGGUCUACUUUGUAGUCUUCCCUUUCUUCUUUGUCAACAUCUUCGUGGCUCUGAUCAUCAUCACCUUCCAGGAGCAGGGAGACAAGGCGCUGUCUGAGUGCAGCUUGGAAAAGAACGAGAGAGCCUGCAUCGACUUCGCCAUAAACGCCAAACCUCUGACUCGCUACAUGCCCGCGGACACGCAGUCCUUCCAGUACAGGAUGUGGAGGUUUGUGGUCUCUCCUCCGUUUGAAUACUCCAUCAUGAUCAUGAUCGCUCUCAACACCGUGGUGCUCAUGAUGAAGUUCCAUGGAGCUUCAGACUUUUAUGAGACCAUGCUGAAGAACCUCAACAUCGUCUUCACCACGCUCUUCUCUCUGGAGUGCAUCCUGAAGAUCAUAGCUUUCGGUCCACUGAACUACCUGAAGGACGCCUGGAACGUAUUUGACUUUGUGACGGUGCUGGGCAGCAUCACCGACAUCCUGGUUACCGAAAUCAAUACUACGGACCGUCUGCUGAACCUGAGUUUCCUGAGACUGUUCAGAGCCGCUCGGCUCAUCAAGCUGCUGAGGCAGGGCUACACCAUCCGCAUCCUGCUGUGGACCUUCGUCCAGUCCUUCAAGGCUCUGCCGUAUGUUUGCCUGCUGAUUGCUAUGCUGUUCUUCAUUUACGCCAUCAUUGGGAUGCAGGUGUUCGGCAACAUCGAGCUGAAUGAGGACACGGCCAUCAAUCACCACAACAACUUCCGCACUUUCCUCCAAGCUCUCAUGCUGCUCUUCAGGAGUGCAACCGGCGAGGCCUGGCACGAGAUCAUGUUAUCCUGUUUGAGUCACCGGGUCUGUGACGAGAAGUCAGGGUCCCAGGGGAAACAGUGUGGAAGUGAUUUCGCCUACUUCUACUUUGUCUCCUUCAUCUUCCUCUGCUCCUUUCUGAUGCUGAACCUGUUUGUGGCUGUCAUUAUGGAUAAUUUUGAGUACCUAACCAGAGACUCCUCCAUCCUGGGACCUCAUCACCUUGAUGAGUUCAUCCGGGUUUGGGCUGAGUACGACCCGGCUGCAUGCGGACGGAUUUCCUAUAAGGAUAUGUACAAUUUGUUACGCGUUAUCUCACCCCCCCUUGGCUUAGGGAAGAACUGCCCUAAUAGGGUAGCAUACAAGCGCCUCGUCAAAAUGAACAUGCCCAUCGCUGAGGACACCACCGUCCACUUCACCUCCACCCUGAUGGCCCUGAUCCGCACCGCCCUGGAGAUCAAACUGGCUUCAGGCAUGGUGGCUCAGAGGUUAUCUGAUGAGGAGUUAAAGAAGGAGCUGUCCACAGUGUGGCCCAGCCUCUCUCAGAAGACCAUGGACCUGCUGGUGACGCCGCAUCAACCCAAUGAGCUGACGGUGGGGAAGGUGUAUGCUGCCUUGAUGAUCUUUGACUACUACAAGCAGAACAGAAAGAGGAGGCUGCAGCUGCAGCUUCAGCAGCCACAGGGCGCUUCAGGAUCCGGGAGCAAGGUCGGGGCUCUGUUUAAGCCAUUGCUGCCUCUGACUUACAUGCAGGAGAAAGAUCGGACUUUGCCAAACAGUGUGGAGCCUCCCAGCAAGCCCAAAUCCCAGGCCAAGACCCAGCCACCGCAGACUAGACCGAGCUCCAACUCUCUCAACAACGGAGGCACGCUGCCAGGUCACGACCACAUCAAGGUUUCACCUUCCUGGGUGAUGGACAAACCCAAGGAGGCUCCCCGAGCUAAACCUAAGAAAACCACAUCCAGAGGCCCGUCAGAGGACACGCCGGACAAUGAUGCCAACAAGGAGUCUGUAGAGAUGAGGCAGAUGGAGACCAGUGCCAGCAGUACAAUCCCAGCUCCUACGCCAGGUUUGGAGAACCAGGGCAGAGCCGCCUCCAUGCCUCGACUCAACGCUGAGCUGCAGCGGAGCCACUCACGCCACGCUCCAGGGACCCUUCUAGCUUCUGUCCCUGAUGCCAGCCCCAUGAAACGCUCAGCCUCCUCUGUGGCGCCACAGCGGCCCCAAGAGGUCAACCUGAGGGACUACACCCUGGAGAAACCCAGCCAGGACCGACCCCACCACCACCACCACCACCACCGCUGUCACCAUCGCAGAGACCGGGACAGAGAUAAAGACAAAGACCGAGAGAAGAGGCAGAGGUCUCUGGAUACCCCUCCAGGUGGACAAGCACCCGGCUCUGCUGGAGCUCCAGGAGAGCCAGCGUCUGACCCGGCUGCUUCCAGAGAGAGAGCUCACAGCCGGGGUCGCUCCCAAGAGAGGAAGCAUCACCACUCCUCCACGGAUAAACAACGCUACUACUCCUGCGACCGCUACUGCAGCCGGGAACACUGCCACACCAAGUCUGCCACCGCCAGCUGUGCCGCCUCCCCCAUCGAGGGCCAGGACACCAGCAACAAGCAGGCCAGUGGUUGGGUUAAAGGCAGCUCAGUGGCUAUGAGCUCCAAUUCUAGCACGCCAAGCCGCGGACGUCGGCAGCUCCCCCAGACCCCCCUCAGCCCGCGGCCCGGGGUGGCCUACAAGACUGCCAAUUCUUCUCCCGUGCACUUUGUGUCCAGCCAGGCUUCUCUGAGUCCCGGCCGGCUGAGCCGCGGCCUGUCGGAGCACAACGCCCUCCGUCACAGCGGCUCCCGCCACUUCCCCUGCCCCGUCACUCGUAUCAGCUCCGAGCCCUUCCUGGGCCAGGGCCAAGGCGAGGCCCUGGACAGCCUCUACGGCAGCCUCCGGGACCAGCUGGACGUCUUCCAGGACGCGGGAUCGCUGUCGCCCAGCCCUCGCUCCGGGCGCUCAUCUCGGACCGCACUGCCUCGUACGAUGGGAGCCCUGCUUCCCGCUCCACAGCAGAACCUCGGAGUGCCCAACGGGUAUCACUUCAGCUUCGGGGGCAGCAGCAGCCCGAGUUCUGGCAGCAGGUCACCCAGGUAUUACCAGGAGGCAGAGGAGGACGAAUGGUGCUAGCAUGGCUUUAAACCAACCUUUUAAUGCAUUUUGAGGAAUUGUGAUGAGUUUUAUCAUCUUCUUUGAAGGCUUUAGUUUACAUUGUCCAGUGUGUGUUUAUUCUGUAUUUCAAUCCUAACUUGAAGACUCAACGUUAGCGAGAACAUCUCAAUGGGGAAAUUAGAAACCUUUGAAUGUGAACAAGAAUGAUUACCUUUAUCUUUGGGCGUGUAGCAUUAUGAGACUGAAGAGUGGACCUCGGUCCAGUAUCAGAUGUCUUAACGGUAGCUUUGUUUUACUUCAGGGUUCUGUUGAAACCACCAUACUGACUCUCACACAGCUACAGAACAAACUUCAGACUCUGCAUUAGAGUUAAAGAAUAACCUGACACAGAAGAUAGGACCCAAAUAAAUCUCUACAUGCUGGGUGUGAUCAGACUCUGUUAAAUCCAUCCCUGUGAACAUGAGUGUGGAUCCCUUUUGAUGGGGAUACAAUGUCAAUAAAACCGGUCUCUGUCUGCUCUGACUCAAACAGGAUUUAAGCACAUAUUUAGAGCUGCAGUGUUUAUUUUCUGCCACUAGGGGGCAGCACAAAACGCUGUUAUCAAAACAUUAGCAUAUUUUUAUUGACAACACUUUGGCGCAAGAUCGUGUAAAAUGAAUAGGUACUUUUUUCUUUUCUCUAUAAUAAAUCUCAAUCUUAGUGCAACAUUAACAGUGGAGUCUAAACAUUUAAAGGUUUAAUGACCUUUUAUGUAAACUAUUCUCACUACAGGGUCUUGAUUUAGAGUCUGUGGAUGACAGAUAUUGUCUAAGUCUGACUAGGAGUUGGAAUUAAUGGAAAAGUCUGUGACCUGAUUGCUACAUGCAUUCAAAAGCAAGCGACUGUAAGAGACAUAAAUACUACGAACUCGUCUCUGGUCUCCCCACACAGACAAAAGCCAGCUCAAGUCU